AUGUUGAGUCAAGCUGUGACCAUAGUUCUACCGGCUGGACCCAGCAGAUACGGUACGUCAUCAAACACCUCUACGUGCUGGAAACAACAGAGCCUCGCGCGGGACGACAUGGGAGGACCCAUUCGGUUUAGAUUGUCACCCACUGCCUACCGUGUGGCCCCUUAUGACCCAACAUAUAGGUCACCUACUACCUACCAUGUGGCCCCUUAUGAGCCAACCUAUAGGUUACCCACUGCCUACCGUGUGGCCCCUUUUGACCCAACCUAUUGGUCACCUACUGCCUACCAUGUGGCCCCUGAUGACCCAACCUAUAGGUCACCCACUGCCUACCGUGCGGCCCCUUCUGACCCAACCUAUAGGUCACCCACUGCCUACCAUGUGGCCCCUUAUGACCCAACCUAUAGAUCACCCACUGCCUACCGUGUGGCCCCUUAUGCCCCAACCUAUAGGUUACCCACUGCCUACUGUGUGGCCCCUUAUGACCCAACCUAUAGGGCACCCACUGCCUACCGUGUGGCCCCUUUUGACCCAACCUAUUGGUCACCUACUGCCUACCAUGUGGCCCCUGAUGACCCAACCUAUAGGUCACCCACUGCCUACCGGGUGGCCCCUUAUGACCCAACCUAUAGGCUACCCACUGCCUACCGUGUGGCCCCUUUUGGCCCAACCUAUAGGUCACCUACUGCCUACCAUGUGGCCCCUGAUGACCCAACCUAUAGGUCACCCACUGCCUACCAUGUGGCCCCUUUUGACCCAACCUAUAGGUCACCCACUGCCUACCGGGUGGCCCCUUAUGACCCAACCUAUAGGUCACUCACUGCCUACCGUGUGGUCCCGUUUGGCACACUUCGGUCACCCACUGCCUACCGUGUGGCCCGUUAUGACCCAACCUAUAGGUCACCCACAGCCUACCGUGUGGCCCCUUAUGACCCACCCUAUAGGCCACCCACUGCCUUCCGUGUGGCCCCUUAUGACCCACCCUAUAGGCCACCCACUGCCUUCCGUGUGGCCCCUUAUGACCCACCCUAUAGGCCACCCACUGCCUUCCGUGUGGCCCCUUAUGACCCACCCUAUAGGCCACCCACUGCCUUCCGUGUGGCCCCUUAUGACCCACCCUAUAGGCCACCCACUGCCUUCCGUGUGGCCCCUUAUGACCCAACCUGUAGGUUACCCACUGCCUACCGUGUGGCCCCUUUUGACCCACCCUAUAGGUCACCUACUGCCUACCAUGUGGCCCCUGAUGACCCAACCUAUAGGUCACCCACUGCCUACCAUGUGGCCCCUUAUGACCCAACCUAUAGGGCACCCACUGCCUACCAUGUGGCCCCUUUUGACCCAGCGUAUAGGUCACCCACUGCCUACCGUGUGCCCCCUUAUGACCCAACCUAUAGGUUACCAACUGCCUUCCGUGUGGCCCCUUAUGACCCACCCUAUAGGCCACCCACUGCCUUCCGUGUGGCCCCUUAUGACCCACCCUAUAGGCCACCCACUGCCUUCCGUGUGGCCCCUUAUGACCCAACCUAUAGGUCACCCACUGCCUACCGUGUGGUCCCGUUUGGCACACUUCGGUCACCCACUGCCUACCGUGUGGCCCCAUAUGACAAACAUUUCGGUCCCGUAUGA